AUGGCCGACAUCUUUAUGAUAAUCGUGGCCAUUGUUGCCUUUGUCAUCCUCGCGGUGGUGGCAAUUUAUCUCAUGAUCAACUACCAACACCCAGAUGACAAAAAUGAAGCUUAUUUUCCUAAGUUUAUAGUAAUAGUGGGGAUCAUGUUGGCAGGAUUCACUGCCUUUUUGCUUCCGAUGGAUGUCGCAAAUAACGAUGGCUAUGCUGGAUGCACUGGUUAUGACACGGAUUUGUGCGGAGGUCUCGAUAUGGAACUGGUGUGGAGUAUUUUCUUCUGGUUGAUCCCAAUUUGGUGUUUCGUCCUCAUUCCAUUUGCCACAUUUUUCUACGAAGCCGACGAUGGUUUGCUUUUGAAUCCAGGAGGCGAAAAGCAAUCUAGAGUAAAGUCAGCUGUUGUAUGGACCCUUGGAACUAUCAUUAUUGUUGGCAUUAUUUUUGUGACCACAUAUUUCUUGUUCAGUGAGGCUCAAAUUCCUAUUAAGGCAUAUACUGCAAAGACCGUUGCUCAGGGUUUGACGGAACAAGAACGAGGAAGGAUUGACUUCCAAUCCACGGUACCAGCUGGUGUGAACUUUACUACUUCAUUCCUUGCGGAUUUUGAUGAAGGAGACCGCCUAUAUGCUUCAGGGCAAGUCGAUCUUGGCGAGCAAACGAUUCCUUUGAAAGUCAGUGCAACCACAUUCUUUGCCGGCCUCAUGGCCUGGUUGGGUUGGUUCUUGUUUGCUAUCUUUGGAGGUAUCGGAAUGUCUGCACUACCAAUGGAUUUGCUCCUAAGCUUCAGAAAUAGACCUAGAAAAAUGGAUGCUGCUGAAUAUGCGGAAGCGCAGACAUCGCUGAGAACAAGAGUUAAUGAACUUGUUGGUAUUGGAGAAAUGAUCAAGGUCGAACGUGAUGGACAGGCUCCAACCAAUACAUCGAAAAAUCCAUUCAACAAAGAAAAGAGAAAGGAAAGACAGGCACUUAACGAGUUCAAAUCGGCAGUCUUCCUCCUGGAACAAGAUGUCCAAGACUUUCAAGCCUGUACUUCGGAGUAUGAAAAAACCAAUCCUCUUGUCCCAUGGAUCUCCCUGAUUUUUGGCUUCUUUUCAUGCAUCAUCUCGCUGUUUUGGCUUAUCCACAUUUGUGUUUACGUUCUACCCGCAAAACCGAUCGCAUUGUUCCUGAACACCUACUUCGCCUGGUUUGAUGGAUGGUUCCCUCUCUUUGGCGUGUUGAGUGUUGCCAUUUUCACUCUAUACAUGCUUUUUGCGGCCAUUAAAGGGUGUUUCAAGUUUGGAAUGAGAUGUGCUUGCAUCCAACUUUACCCUAUGAUCGUUGGAAAGACAUACAUGUCUGCAUUCCUAUUCAACGUUGGGUUGGUGUUGCUAUGUUCUCUGCCUGUGGUUCAAUUCUGUGCCACCUCUUUCUCCUCGUAUGCAAGGAACUCAACAAUCUUUAGAAUCUUUGGGGUACAAAUUGAAAACUUGGGGUUCUUUGGCGUCUUCUGGAAGAACAAUAUCUUCACAUACAUCUUCUUGGUAUGGAGCCUUUUGUGUAUGAUAUAUUUAUGGUGCAAACCAAAGGAUGGACCACCAUCCUCUGACGCCUUGAGAGACCGACUCAAGUCUCGAACAGCGUAA